UGUGUGGGAGAAUCAGGGCUCGGCUUUCUUCACCGAAUCUGUCCGUUCUUUCAUUUUUGCAGAAUGAGGUUUUCAGCAUCAUUUUUAUGCUUCCUACUUGGUCUUCUAGGACUAGGAGGGACUCACGGUUUGCUGUUAAUGGAAGAUCAGGGGGAGGAACUGGAAGAUAGAGACCUGAGCAAAGCUAUUUUGGAGAUGUUGCAUAUAAAUAAACUGUCAGUGCUUCAGCAGGCAAAGCCACACCCCUACAUGAAGCACGUUUACCAGUCCCUGGACGCACAGGCAAGAGACCUGAGUGGUGCUGAUGGGACUCUUGUGCAGAGCUUCCGGAGCAUCGAAGACUCAAAGUAUGGCACUCCGGGAUGGAUCUGGUUCAACAUGUCCCAGCUGAGUCCCUUCAUGAGGGUUGCAGAGCUGGUCCUGCUGAGGAAGACUCUUCAUCACAAGCCGCUUAGUGUGACGGUCACAGUACACAGUCUUUCACCGGGACCAGAUAACCUGAGCAUUAGCGGCCCUCUUGCAGAGCACUUAUUGAGUCUGGACCGGCUGCCUCCAUCAGGAUAUGAUGUCUUCGAUGUGACAGCUGCAAUAACCCAGUCACCGCGCCACUCAGACAUCUUGGGCUUCCAGCUGCGCUUCGGGGAUGAGAGCGGCAGCUUGGUUCUCCAUGAAGCCCUGACGCAGAGCCUCUACUGCUUGAACAGCAGCUCUCUCAGCCAGCCGCUCUUAGUGGUCUACAGGACCGCAUCGAUGGAGCACCAGCAGAGGGCGUCAGGAGCGAGUUCAGACUCAGAGCACAGGCUCAGACCGAGCUGCAUGGCCAGCUCUGAAUAUGACCGACAGAGAAUACAGCUGAGACACUUAGCUGCAUGCAAACUGUACGUACAUCAUGUCAACCUUCAUACCAGCAAGCUGAGUCAAUGGAUACUACAGCCGUCCAAUUUCAACAUAAGUAUUUGUAGAGGUAUCUGUUUGAAAGAAAUAUCUGCGUCAUCCAUGUCUGUUCAGAGACAUCGAAAACACCAUGGAGAAAAUUAUGUACAAAGAUCAAACUGCUCUCCACAAGGCCUUUCAUCUCUCAUCGUGAUGUACAGCAGCGACACAGCGGACAUUAUUAUAAAAGAGCUAAAGGAUAUCAGAGCAGAGAGAUGUGUGUGCCAGCCGACUGCUCGAUGA